ACCCUAAAUGGGAGCUGGGGUUAGUACGCUCAGUGGUGGUUGUAAUCCUAGAGAGAGAGAGAGAGAGAGAGUGAGAGAGAAAGAGAGAGACAGUGGUGUUUUAGACUGUUACUUACUGCGGGAGCGGGUGGAUAAAGUGGACGACAGGCAGACUAACUUUACCUUUUUUUCCCACCUCCAUUUGACCCACUUGACCCGGGUCUGGGCCUUGCUUUUCAACUUUUUUUGUUUAUUUAUUUAUUUACACCCCCGGCCCAAAUGGAAUUGGACUAACAAAUGCGCUAGCAGCGUAGCACUUUAUUUAUUUAUCUUUCUAAUUACUCUUCAAAACAAAACUGUGCGUUUCGUGUUUCGGUGUAAAUUGCCAGCGAGGGUUUUUGGGGUUUGCUUCUGCGCUCUUUCUUUCCAUUCUGUGUUUUCACUCAGUAGCUCAGCAGCCGGUUUUAGAGCCUGUGGUCAGAACUUCAAGAGCUUUGAGGAGCCUCAGAAUCUACAGCAUAUUAUAACCCGUUUGUCCUCCAUUUCACUUAGCACAUCUUCACCGAGAUUGUUGAAUGAGAUAGUCAAACCAGCUUUUGGAAGUAAUGCUGUGAUUCCAUCAAAGAGUGGUUUUGAAGCUUAUCAAUUUGUGGGGUCCAGAUCGUUUUCAGCAAUAUCUAGGGGUGAUGGUGAAAAUGAUGGUAAAGAUGAGUGGGAUAAGACAGUGACAGGAACAUUUAGUAGUUCUGGAUCAGAUGAUUUGGGGUGGGACUCAGUGUCCUCGUGGUCUACAGGACUGACCAAGGAUCAUUUUGAUGGGGAGGUUGCCGGUCGUCGAGCUAGUGGUGGUGGUAGCAGUGGCGACACAUUUCAAUCUCCAGUGAUAUCUGAUCUGCAGGAGAUUGAUGAUAAGGUAAAAGAAUUGGAAGCAGAGAACCGGAAAAGUAAAGCAUAUGUGGAUGGAUGGGGAGAGAGGAUGCGGGAGACAUGUGUUCUGUUGAAGCAAGUCCGGGAGCCUGGUGCAAGAGGAUCUUAUCUCAAGGAUUCUGAGAAAGCUGAGAUGUAUCGGUUGCACAAGGAAAAUCCUGAGGUCUACACGGUUGAGAAGCUUGCAAAGGAUUAUAGGAUUAUGAGGCAGAGAGUGCAUGCCAUUCUUUGGCUCAAGGAGCUUGAAGAGGAGGAGGAAAAGAAACUUGGUCAUCCUUUGGAUGAUUCCGUCGAGCUCUUACUUGAUACCUGUCCUGAAUUCUUUAAUUCCCACGACAGGGAAUUCCAUGUGGCAUCUCUUCCUUACAAACCCGAUUUUAAAGUUAUGCCGGAGGGUUGGGAUGGUACCACCAGAGAUUUGGAUGAAGUCCACUAUGAGAUCUCCAAGAAUGAAGAUGAAAUGCUCUAUCAAGAAUUCGUUGAGAAAAUGAACUUCAACAAAAAGAAAAUGGCAGGAGAGGUGUUUCGACACAAGCAUAGUCGGCGCCGUCCUUUUGAUGGUUGGAAUUUCACAGUGGAGAAAAUGGGACCACGAGGAAAACGUGGAGGAGGUGGUGGUUGGAAAUUUGUUAGCAAAGCUGAUGGUUCUAGCAGACCUCUGAAUGAAAUGGAAAAAAUGUAUGUGAGGCGAGAAACCCCCCGCCGCCGACGCAAAAUCCUUCCCUGAUGACAAGCCCCAUGUUAUUAGGAAUAAAUUUUGAGCUUAAGCUAAUUUGUAGUUUGUAUCUUUCAUUUUGGUCUUCAAAGGUGGUAUUUGCAUUCUCUUUAUCACCACUUUUAGAUAUAUUUGCUUUGCAACGUUGUCAGCAGUAUAGAUUUCGCAACUCAUAGCCAUGCAGAAGCAUUGUUUACUAUAGGCAAAUGCACGUGGAGGUCCAAGUUUUGUUCUAAAAGCAUAUAAGUCGGUGGGUAGUGAACCUGAUUAUUCAUUAUCUGGACCUCAUAUUUUCUCCAUAUUUGUUUUAAGGAUGGAGAAAUUCAUUAUCAUAAAAGGAAAAGCCGGAAGAUCGCAGUUGUUUAGCUGAUGGUCUUCUGGUGUCACCAAAUCAGCCUUUUUGUUUUUACUUAAAUAAUCAGUGUGUAGUUGACUUCUCUUUUUAUUUUUUUGGGUAAAUUGAGUUUGGAGUUGAUUUACGAUGAGACCAA